CGUCAUUGCAGCAGACUGAUGAAGUGAUUUGCUUUGUAGGUGGAGCGACAGAAUUGUUUGUCCUAGUUUAAGGAGCUUGCCUGUUUUAAGACAAAUAUGACUACUGAAACAGCAGAGAGUACUGAAGGAGUUCAUCAGGUAACAAAAAAAGGCAGGUGUCCAAUGGAGGACAAACAGUCCAAAGAGAUGAAGCAGAUCUGGAAGGAGUGUCAGCAGGAGAGUUUUUGGUACAGAGCUCUUCCUCUCUCAAUUGGUAGCAUGGCCAUCACCGGUGGCUUAAUCUACAACGGGGUUUGGAAACAAUCAAAACGCUUCGGCCCAUUCCCUAAGCUAGCAUUGGCAGGUAUUUUGGGUUAUGCAGUAGGAAAAGCUUCUUACGUAGGAACGUGUAAAGAAAAGUUUCAGAAGCUGGGACCAGAUUUCAGCAAAGGCUUUGGUCCAGGAUGGGGUCCAUGGUCUGGACCUACUUCCUGUGGAUGUCAUGGACAUAGACGCUGCACACACGUGUGUCAGGAGUGUAAGAAAGUAGAAGAAGCCGCAACACCGUCUGCAGGACCCACGCAAAGCUGAUGGAAUUAAACUAACACCAGAAGUAACGUCAGUAGUGCAGAGACUUUUGUAAGUUCAUUUGUAUGUGAAAACAAUUAAAUAAAGUCUGGUCCAAUAUA